UUUCUCACCCUGGGGGCAUCCUGCAGAACCUCUCCUCGGAAAUCCACGGGGAAAUGGCAAACAGGAUUGACGGGUUUCACACGCUCCUCGCUAGACAGAGCCGCUCAUUACCAUAACCGUCUGCAGCGACGGCGGCGCAGCGCCCCAGUCGCGGCGGCGGGACCUGCCGGGACCCUCGCCCGCCGCGCUCCAGCGGCCACCGCCGACCGGGCCGCCGGGCCGGGACCCACGCGAGUGUGCACCGGCGGCCGGGCUGGCGCCAAGCCCGGAGAGGGCCAGCAGCAGCUCGAGCGCCGCGGCCGCCGCCUCCCGGCUGACCCCGCGAUCUGAGGCUGUCAGAGAUGACUCUGGUUCUGUCCAUGAAUAGAUUCUGCGAGCCCAUUGUCUCGGAAGGAGCUGCUGAAAUUGCCGGGUACCAGACACUAUGGGAGGCUGACAGCUACGGAGGCCCAAGCCCCCCAGGGCCAGCACAGGCUCCUCUGCAGGGAGACCGGGGAGCUGGUCCCCCGCUGGCAGGAUCACAUUACAGGGGAAUUUCAAAUCCUAUAACAACAUCCAAGAUCACAUACUUUAAGAGGAAGUAUGUGGAAGAAGAGGAUUUUCACCCACCACUCAGCAGCUGUAGCCAUAAAACUAUCUCAAUCUUUGAGGAACGAGCCCACAUCCUUUAUAUGUCCUUAGAAAAGCUAAAGUUUAUCGAUGAUCCUGAAGUGUACCUCCGAAGAUCUGUCCUUAUAAACAAUUUGAUGAAACGGAUCCAUGGAGAAAUUAUCAUGCAGAAUAACUGGUGCUUUCCUGCCUGUUCUUUCAAUGGCACCUCUGCCCAGGAGUGGUUUAUGGCUCAAGACUGUCCUUACCGGAAACGACCUCGGAUGGCCAAAGAGGAGUGUGAAAAGUUUCAUGCCUGCUGCUUGUACCAAGAAUGUGGUGGUCACUACCUAAAUUUACCCCUUUCUGUCAAUGCUCAUGUCGGAAAUGCCUCCACCACUGCCUCUUCCUCCUCCUCCUCCUCAUCUUCCUCUUCCUCUCCCCCUCUGCCUUUACCGAGUUGUUCCCACCAGGUGGAUUUUGAUGUAGGCAGUGCACCUAUUUACAAGGGUGAUGGCCAGAUACCUGCCAAUGAAAUCUUUGUUACUAAUGUGAGGUCACUUGGUGUUCAGGAAAAGGCCAAAUUGAAUGAGAAAGCAAAUGAUGACACCAACAGGGAUGGUGGCCCCCUAAGCCAUGAACCUGUGGGAAAUGACCUUGCUUUUGAGUGCAAAGGCCAAUUUUAUGAUUAUUUUGAGACUGGAUAUAAUGAAAAAAGCAAUGUAAGUGAGUCGUGGAAAAAGUCCUUAAGGAAAAAGGAGCCUUCACCAAGUAACAAACUGUGCUGCAGCAAAGGAAGUAAAAUAUGAGCCACCUUCUCACCGAAACUUUGAAGCAUGCACAGCAUGAUCAAUUAGCUCUCAUAAAUUUUAUUUUGAAUGGAUUUUAUAGUUUUGUACAACUGAUACAAUUAUGCCAUGAACAUGCCAUGUCAUUUUAAUGCCUGGAGAGCAGAUUGCAUAAAACAUCUGUAUAGUAGGCAUCGGCGAGCUACUUAUAAAUGUGGUGACGUUACCAAGAAAACAGUUGACGCUUAAAAGUAUAUCUUAGUUUUCUUACAGAAAAGAUCAGUAGAUUAGAACAGGGGGCAAUGUGCCCCUGUGAUAUUUCCGUGACCUCCAGGAGCCUGUCACUAGCGAAGAACCUUCCACCUGUUUGCCACUUAAUUAGGUAGUUAUUUGGUAAGCAAAUCAAUAUAACCAGCAAAGAAUGUCUGCUUCUUCUCUAUGAUACAGUAUUUUUUUCUGACUAAAAGACUGAAGACAGGGAGCUAGGUGAAAUGGCUUCCUGGUGCUGUUAAGUAUUUGGAUUCAACAGUCUUGUGUGACAGAUGAAAAUAGGAUAGAACGUAAUGAAGCACACCUGUCUAGGGGCAGCAAUCAACAAUAUGAGUAGAGGCUAAUCCCUGCAAGUUCCCAGCUUGCCUGUGAUGGGUGAUGAGGCUUUUAGAGAUAUAUUAUACAGGGCGAUUUUUGGUGCCUUACUUUAUCUUAAUUUUUGCCAAUGUGAAAAUUAAGGAUAAAUCAGAGUACAGCAGGGAUUUAACAAACAGGAAAACAAAAAAACACAGGGUGGAUCAAUAUUGUUUGGAAACCGUUAAUGUCGAACUAUUGCGUUCAACUUUUGAUUCAACAUCUCUAUUCUUCCUUUGUUUUUGAUGCCCAAUUGCUUUCGGAUUUGGCAUUUUUAGAAAAGGAUGGAGGAAACAAUAGACAGAGCUGUUAGAAACCAGCACUGGCUGCUCGAGCUUUUCUAUGGCAACGGUCUGUUGCUGGGGUUUGGGUUUUCUGGGUUUUGGGUUGUUUUGUUUUGUUUUCUUGUCCAAUGAAGUUCAUGAACCAGUGGCAUGCAUCAUACUUUAAUCUGUUUUGCAUCAUUUCACUCGUUUAGAUUAUAAAAGCAU